GCAUUGUCCACUUUGCAGAACACGAGUUGAUGACGAAAAAAAUACUUCUCGGCCGCGGCCAGCCAUGAGCUGUUUGGAUGUUAUGUACCAAGUCUACGGUCCUCCCCAGCCCUACUUCGCAGCAGCCUACAGCCCCUAUCAUCAGAAACUCGCCUUUUACUCCAAAAUGCAAGAAGCCCCGGAGAGCGGCAGCAGCGCCAGCGCCAGCAGCUCCUUCUCCAGCCACCCCGCGGCCAGCAUCAAGGAGGAGGACUGCAGCCCCGAGAAGGAGCGACCCCCCGAGGCCGAGUACAUCAGCUCCCGUUGUGUCCUCUUCACCUACUUCCAGGGGGACAUCAGCGCCGUGGUGGACGAGCACUUCAGCCGGGCGCUCAGCCAACCCAGCAGCUUCUCCCUCGGCAGCUCGAAGGCGACUCGGAACGCCGGCUCCUGGCGGGAUGGCUCCUUCCCAAUGAGCCAGCGCAUCUUCCCGCCGUCCUUCUGGAACAGCACGUACCAGCCCUCCUCAGUCCCAGCCAGCCUGAGCAGCCCCCUGGCAGCUGCUGCCCACAGCGAGCUGCCCUUCGCCGCCACCACCGACCCCUACGCACCCGCCUCCCUGCAUGGCCACCUGCACCAGGGUGGCCCUGAGCCCUGGCACCAUGCCCACCACCACCAUCACCACCACCACCACCCCUACAUUGGGACACAGAGCACUGCCUACCCUCGCCCCGCCACCAUGCACGAGGUCUACGGGCCCCACUUUGACCCCCGCUACGGCUCCCUUCUGGUGCCCACUGCCUCCGUCCGCCCCCACCGCCUCACCCCCGCCUCCGUGUCCACUCCAGUCAGUCCCCCCUGUGAACUGGGCAAGAGCGAAGCGGGCGCUGCUGCAGCCUGGACGACACCGGGCCCUUUCCCCAAUGCAGCAGGAGACAUGGCACAGAGCAUCAGCCUCAAUGUUGACACAGGUUUGCAGACUCAGGAUAAAAGCAAGGAUCUGUACUGGUUUUAGAGCUGUCCUUCACUCUUCUUCCCCUGGCUAUCCCCUGUAGCUCUCUGCCUGUUAGGCAUGGUGGCAUUCAGAGCUGAAAUCGGGUCAGUUUGUAACAGCUUCUGAUCUUGGUUUGCAGCUCGCCGUUACUCCUUCUGUGGUGGAUCCCUUCUGAGCUGAUGUGCUGACUCAAAGACUCUCAGAUUCCCCCCUGCCCUUUUCCAAGCCCACCGUGGCCCCGCAGUUCUGGUAAAGACAACGGGAUUUAAAAGGACCUGGCAUUGCAAGGGCGAUAUUUUAGAUUUGUUUCAGAAAGGAAAAUCCUUCUGAUGCAAGAGGAGAGCCAAAGACAUUGAACUUCCAUUUAAGCAGACCCCACACCGAGACCUGAAUUCAGACUACUCUGAAAGAGUCAAAUGACAUCAUGGAUGGUGAUGCAAAAGGACUGGCCUUCAUACAAGGAACAGAGAAAAUUGUGGGGGUUCUUUUUUAGUGGUGUGAAUAUUUUUUUAUGGCAGCGAAAGUUAUUUCUUGAAUGCAAACAUGGGAAAGCUACUUAGCAGCUUUGAACUGGAUUUUUACUUUCCUUUAUAGAAAAGUAAAAGGAGAAGAAACUGGAAUUCACAAACAUUUUCAGACUGUCAAGGAACUGGUCAGAUUUUUCAGCUUUGUGGUUGUGAGUGGCAAGUGUCUGGCUGGGGCCACCUGCCCUGGGCUCAUAGAUAUGCAGCUGUUCCGCUCACAACUGAUGAAAACCAAGGUGGCACUUCUUAGAGUUUGGCACAACAUUUGCAUUGGAUGUAUAACAGUUGUUUGGUUGGGGGAGAGGGGUGGUGUUUGGUUUUUUUGUUUGGUUUUUUUUUGUGUUCUGUUUUUGUUUUUUUUUUACAAUAAACAUUUUCUGGUGAAAGUAAAACCCCCUUAAAGCAGGGGGAGAAUGGAGUCUGGAGAAGAACGGCUCAUCUUCAAUCCAACAACCUUUAAAGGGAAUACCAGAAUGAAAAGCAUGUGAUGGACAAUAGGUCCAAGUUGCUUCUAACACUUCUCUUUGUCCACUUGUUGCUGUCAUUUUGUCACUUUAUUAGUUGUUUUGUUUUUUUAAAAGAGGGAAUAAGGUAGCUAUUUAACAGUAGGAAAGCUAUAUUAAAGGUAUCUCCUUCUUUCACCCUGUGUACUUUUAUGCAGAAUUAAGCUAAAUAAGAGAAAUGAGUCAAACUGGAAACUUCAGGAUGAAAAAGAAAAAGGAUCUCUCACAUGGAUGAAGUGAGUUAUUUUAUUAUUUUGUGUUAAAGAUAAAUAGAAAUCCUAACAGUUGAAAAUAUUUUCUUAGUGAGUAAAAUAUACAGCGAUAAAUACAAAACACAAAAAAUGCGAGACUUUUGCAGUGCUACAUUUUAGUGUGUGGUGUAUCUGUAAGAUCUGUAAGGGGCUCUCCAUAGUAGCAGAUAUUUUUCCAUGAAGCUGCUAGAAGAGGGGACUAUAGCAUUUAGCGUUGCUAUUCCACUGGUAAAUUAAAAUGUUAUUAUCGAGUGAUGAAUAAUUAAUGAAACAGGGCAGAAAUAGAGAUUACUCUAUGCUUAAAAGCUGACUUUUUUACAGGCAAAACAUCUGAUUUGAACACUACUGUGUUGUGUUUUUUCUGUUUUUUUUUCUCAAUGUAAUGUCUUCGGAGGCUGACAAAGUACAAAGCAUAAAUGAGGAGAGUCCUAACACUACCCCUCUGACACUAGGAAAAGCAGUAAAAAAUGGACUUUUAUGCUGUGAUGAGAGUUUUUGCCUUCCAACACUCUCACAUAAGCUGACAUAAUGUUCACUAUGUGUCAGAAGUGGAGUUAUAAAUAACCCAAAUUUGCCUCUUCUAGGUCUCAGCUUGAGGAUAACUCAAUUUCUGGAAAAGAUUAGGAAGCCUAAUAGAAAGAGUAUGAUUAAGCAGUGUGAGUACAUACUGUGAGAAGCUGACAAGGAAGAAUGUGUGCAGAGCAUCCCUGGCCAGUGCUCAGCAAAUAGCAGGAGGGGACUUGCUGUGAUUUCCUCAGCCAGACGUACCCCUGAGCAUUUUGUUCUCACCUUCCAAAUAGCCAGAGUCCAGAAAAGCUGCAAAGGGUAAGGGAAGGACCCCAGAAAUUAUAUUACUGGUUAAAGCAAAAAUAUUCUGAAGUGUUCAAGGAAGAAAGCAUCAGGACUUUGCAGGAGAAAAGUAACUAAAAAUGGUGUUUAACUUUAUUGCUGCAGAGACUUGAAGUUAACAGGAUCAUUCUAUGAGCAUGUGACUGAGUGUUUUUUCAGGCUGUUUUUAAAGGUUUUUUUUUACAAAAAGAUAAAUCUGACUCUAUCACUGGUUGUGCUUCACCACAAUUGUUUCUUUUUUCUUUCCUUUCCCCCGUCUCUCCUCUGCAAUUCUAAAUGAGGAGGGCUGAGCAAUGCAGCCCAAUACAUUUGGCAAUACUCGUGUAAGCAUAAACCAGUCAUUUACUACAUUGGUAUUUACAAUACAUUUUGACCCUGACCAUAUUCAAGCAUGAAAAUUUGUGCAAUGAAUACAUUAAUAUCGGGUUUGACAUUUGUUCUGUGGGUAUUCUUUUUUACUAUUGUAGCAUGAAAGCACCCAAACACCAAAGCCAAGAUCAUGCCUCAAGGCGUUAGGUGUGCAAACAACUUUUUAAAAAUGCUCCUACUCUGGAUGGACUGCAGUCUGAAAGCACACAUGUCCUGUUUUGGCUAAUCCUUGCAGUUUUGCUCAUUCUGACUCCUGGAGGACUGCUCACAGCACCUACCUUUAAGGUUUGGACAUGAGUCUGCAGGGCUGGAACCACAGCUCCUAAUGCAGUAACAAUGCAAAUGACUUCUGUGCCAUUUUGGAAGUCUGUUUUAUUCCUCUUUGCAUCAUAGAUUGUUACUUCCUUAAUCAGGAAUGCUUGCAGCAAAUCUGGAAAUACAAAAGAAACCCUUCUUAUACAUUACGUGUGUAUUACACGUCACAUGCUUGUCACACACUGAAAGAGCAGAGCUGUGAGUUCCCACCCCUGUAGCUUGAAGAGCAGAUCCUCCUGCUGCCCUUUCUGAGUGUCAUGCAGAGGUUAGCACCUGCUUGUGCUCCGUAGCUGCCCACCUGACAAACAGACUAGACCUUCUGGGACAGACGGACACAGAUACCAACCUGUUCAUGCAGAAUCCAGGGAAGGAGGCAGAGGGACAGGAACUGCUGCAGAGUAUGGCAGUGCUGGGCAUGACGAGAGUGUCUGCUGCUGCCCAGUUGCAAGAGUAUCCUCUCUACAAGGAGUUUGCAAAACAAGCUCUGGACAUAAUUCACCACAGAUACUUAUUUCUCUUUCUGAAAAUAACUGAAAAUUAACAAAGCACGAAGGAAUACUCUUUUAAUGAACACUUUGAAGGGUUAAAAGGGAUCUGUCAAGGGAAGAAUGGAAGUGAGAUAGGACUUUGUGUAUUUGUGGUUGCACUUUAUUUCAGAGGUUUUUCUUCGGUAUAGCCACAGUUGCAACAAUGCAGCAUAAAACUCUUAAACACAUAUAUGUGCCCCUGUACUUACAGUCUAAUGUUGGAGAGUUUUAGGGUGAUGUUUCUUACUUCCCAUCUCCUCUUCCAGUGUUUUUACCAUAGAAGCCCCCAGCAGAGGAGGAGGGGAGGAGACAGAGGGUGAAAGAGAGUCUGAAUAAUCCCUUGCACCUCCCCCGUGUGUUGCCCGCCUCUGGGGAAAUGUAUCUGCCCUGUCUCCUCCUUGGGUCAGGAGCUGCUGAUCCUUCUUGCUUUCCCUUUGAAGUCCUAUUUAGGUUCACGACAAGCUCUAGCUAGGGUUUAAAGGUUGGUCCCUUCUUGGAAGGGAGGAAAAUGCUGCUGGUGGCUUUGAAUGCAUCCGUGUUCUCUAACUGGCAGUCACUGUGUGUCUUUUUCUGGGCAAGUGUUGUAAUUAACGUGCCCUUUUGAUUACAGAAGGAUGAGCCAGCUCCCGUCGGGGAUUGUGGUGUCCUGGCUGUCUUCCUGGGCCUGCCACCCAGAGGAGCAGUUGCAGCAGGGAAAGGAGAGAGACUUAUGAUUAUUAGGAGGAGUUAGGUAUUGAU